UCAGUUCGCCAACGGGUUUGCGCGAAUGGGUUGGCGGCCACAGCUGGACCUUUAUAAAUCACGGUCACGGACACGUCUACCUACCAACAACCCACACACGCGCCGCGCUCGGCACAAGUCCCACAGCCACACUGCACUGGACACACGGUCGCGCACGCGGCGCCGCGGAGAGGCGAGGACACAGACGGGGGAGGCGGCGAUGGUAGAAGGCGGCAGCGGCGCGGGUGCUACGUCGACCUGCCGGCGCGGCGGCGGUGGAGGCGGCAUCGUCGGCCCGGCGGCCCGGCGGUGCUGCGGCGGCGGGUGCGGGCUCGGGCGUCUCGUCCGGCGGCUGCGGCGGCAGGGGAGGCAGGCGCUGUGCGCGGCCAGGCCGGCGGCGGCGUCGUCGUCUUCGUCGGCGGCCGCGGCGCUCCGGGGCUGCCAGUACGACCCGCUGAGCUACGCGCGCAACUUCGACCAGAGCGGCUUCGGCGACCCGGACCCGGACGCGGACGCGGCCAGCCUCUACUACAGCUACACCUUCUCCUCCCGCUUCGUGCUCGCGCCAGGCAGCGCCACCUCGUCCUCAACCGCCGUCGCGGCCGUCGUCCCCGCGCCGAACGGUCUCGUCGUCGCCAGCCGGCCAACCGCCGCCAGCCAUUAGCCGUCCCGGCGACAGUAGCUUCCCUUUCUCUCUCCUCGGGUUCUCUUUUCCUCAACCUCUGGAGUGGAAAGGCAGCAGCUUCAUUUAGUUUGAUUAAAGAAAACUUUUCUGUAGGGGAAAGUUCGGUCGGGAGAAGACGAUGCUUGUAAAUUAAUACCGUAGUACUCUAUGUACUGUAUGUGAGAAGAACGCCAUUGCUGGGUCGAUCGAGCUGUGCCAUGCCAUGCCAUGCUCGGUCGGAUUCUCGAGGACCGUUUCAGAUUUC